GGCUGCAUUACCGACAGCAACCAACAGUCGCUGCAGUCACUCGUGAACACUCGUCUCGUGUGUGUGUUUAGAAAAUUGAUUUUUCAUAUAUUGUUGGUACACACAGUGUCAUUGAUACAACGACGUUUAUUUUUUUUAUAAUAAAUAUAUAAUUAACAAGUUUAAAAAUUGAUAAUUAAUUAUCAAAUAUUAAUUGUGUUUAUUUAUUGUCAAAUUAAUAUUUAAAUAUUAACAAAAUAUAAUGGCGGACGAGGUGCAAGAAAAUGGUUCAAGCAAUGGUGAAGUUCCUGAAAUUGAAUUGAUAAUAAAGGCAUCAACAAUUGAUGGAAGACGAAAAGGUGCUUGUUUAUUUUGUCAAGAAUAUUUUAUGGAUCUUUAUUUGCUUGCUGAAUUAAAAACAAUAUCAUUAAAAGUAACAACAGUUGAUAUGCAAAAACCACCACCAGAUUUUCGUACAAAUUUUCAAGCAACACCACCACCAAUACUCAUUGACAAUGGUGAUGCAAUAUUGGAAAAUGAAAAAAUUGAACGACAUAUUAUGAAAAAUAUACCUGGUGGACAUAAUUUAUUUGUUCAAGAUAAAGAAGUUGCAACACUUGUUGAAAAUCUUUUCAGUAAAUUGAAACUUUUACUUUUGAAUGCAAAAGAAAAAGAUAAGGAUCCAAAAUCAUCAUCAUUGAUGGCACAUUUACGUAAAAUUGAUGAACAUCUUGGACGUAAAGGUACACGUUUUUUAACUGGUGAAACAAUGUGUUGUUUUGAUUGUGAACUUAUGCCACGUUUACAACACAUCAGGGUUGCUGGUAAAUAUUUUGCUGAUUUUGAAAUACCAGAAACUUUAGUUAAUCUAUGGAGAUACAUGCAUCACAUGUACAGACUUGAUGCAUUUUUGCAAAGUUGUCCAGCUGAUCAGGAUAUCAUUAAUCAUUAUAAAUUGCAACAGAGCAUGAAAAUGAAGAAACAUGAAGAACUUGAAACACCAACAUUUACCACCAGCAUCCCAAUUGAAGUUAAUGAUGAUUAAAUCAAAAAUUAUUUAUCAAUGACAUGUGAUUUUUAUAAAAAUUCACAAAUAUGUCUAAUUUCUUUUUUUUUUUUUUUUUGUUUUUCUUGCGAGGAAAAAAGAGGAGAUAUGUACAAGAUUACAUUAUGACCUUCAAAUAAUUAAUUAAUCAUUUCGUUGAAAAAAAAAAAAUACUACAAAUGGUUUUAAACCAAAAAUUUAUUUUCAUGAUAUCUUCCACAUUUAAUACACA